UCGGGUGUGUACUGCAAAUCGUACAAAGCAGACGAUUUCCCCCAAUGUAGCCACCCUAGCCAUAUUCCAGAAUCGUGUAAAUUCGUCGAUGAACUCUACGGUUAAUAAUUUGUGCGAAAAAUAAAAGAUGAGUGGAAGUGCAGAUAUCUCUAAUCUAUCUUACAAGGAACUGCAAGCGUUAGCCUUGAGAUAUAGAGUUCCUGGUAACAUUAAGAAACAACUUCUCGUUGAAGUCCUUCAAGCCGCAAGGCGAGGAAAUGACCAAGAAGUGAUAAAAAUACUGACCGAUUUGAGACAGACUCGAAAGAAGAGGAUACGCAAGAGCAAACCUGCCAAAUUGAGCCUAUCUUCAACGCCUAUCCAGAGCCCUACUUAUGACAUGGCCGAUGAUUAUCACUCCGCUCAACAUCGUCUGCCUUAUCAAUGGGUCGCAGCAGAGGAGGAAAUACCGAAUAGACAAUUGGAGGAUGGCAAUCGCGUUCCUCAGUACGAAGAAUUUCGGGAAUUUUUACUACGUCGUAUCCAGAGAGACUACCAAACCUAUAAUACAAAUAACAACGAAAGGAUUGGUCCCAGCAAUCCCGGUGGCAUAAUUGAUCUCAGGAACGAAGCGGACGCUGUGAGAUUCGAUUCGGAUCCAGCUGAGCUCAGGACGAACCUUAUCCCGGUCAACAAUUUCGAAGUGACUCAGCCUUACUCUGAACAAUUAGCGCACAAUGUUGCAUCGUUCGAUUAUCAAAUCCUCGAAGAUCCGAACGGGAACGCACACGCGUCUAUUUUACUCAGGCGGAUGCUUCAGGCGCCGGUUGGAGCCGAUUUGGGGGAAAUCGCGAGUCCCGAUCAACUCGGUCAAAAUUGUAGAAUUUGGGAGACCGAGCACCAGAGUCAGAACAACCUACUUGAUAAUUCCGAUACCCUGUCAGCUAAUUCGGAGGUAAAUGAAAACGAUGUGGAUAACUGGCCGAUCGGUACGGAAUAUUAUAGAUUUGUGAACAACGUCCGGGAUCAGUUAGUCCUGAAUCCCGUUGGGGGGAAUCUUCAGAACGAUCGAAACCUCAACGAAGCGACAGCAGGGCAGUUUUGCAACGUGCUUACCGACGGAAAUCCUAUACAAUAUCAGCUACUUUACACUAAUCAAACGCCUGAUCUUCAUCAGGGGAACGAACAGCAGCAAUGGGGAACCGCGUCUACGCUCGACAAUGGGCAUCAAGAAACGUUUAUCGAUCAAAAACUCAAAGUUCACGGAUCUAAAAUCUUCCCAGAGACUCAUUAUUACGAUGGAAUCAACGCGACUAAUUACGCGACUCCCUGCAGGCCUGUCGAAACGGAUAAUCCGCUGCAUCAACAUUAUCCCAUCGAAGAUGCGUCGGUGUAUUCGAUAAAUCAAAACGGUGGCUUCGAUGGGAACAACUGCGCGGCGUCAACGCCUGGUUCGGAUGUUAAAUUUUACCAAAAUUUGAAUGACAAUACCGUAAGACCAUCGGAGCGUGAAAAUUCAACUGUCACGAAUUCUUGCGCACCUCAACAUCACGCGCAGAGACAAAUAAACGAUGGAAACAAUUACGGCUUCGUCAGACCUCCGAUUCACCAAUCGACAAAUUAUUGCAGCAAUCCUGUAACUUGCGAACUAUUGCAACACGAAACCGAGUCUGCUUCGCCCGGUGUUAUUUCAGGGAUAUCUAAUCCCAGUUCAUCGAUGCAGCACUUCCCAUUCGCCGCCCAGUACCACCAGGCACCCCCUCCAGCUCAUAGAUAUUCCGAGAAUUCGGUCCUUCCGAAUUCUUGUAACACCCCAAUGCCAAGCUGGGUCCAAGGGACGGUUCAUACGCAACCUCCGAACAUCGAGAGACCCGGCAAUAUCAUAAAUCGUCAAACUGCUCUCGGUCAUCAGUACAAUUCCACGAUUCAAAAAUCCAAUCAUCCUGCGGUGAGCCAGCAAACGCACAAUUUCGAUCUUACAGAGAAUGGCAACAGGGGUGUGACGGCAAAGUCCGUCGGGAUUCAGCAGGAAGAGGAAAUGAAUUACAAUAACACGACGGUGCAAUCCGCCAAUAACACACCGACGAUCGUACCGGAGUUGGAACCUUUUUGGCCUUCGCAACAAACCUCGGGCAAUACGACGAACCAUUACCUCGAGAAUAUAUUGAAUUUGAAUUCCUACGGGUACAUCGAUUACUCGAGGAUUGAUCAGACCUCUUGCAUUUAUUGUUACGCAGCGCCGAUCGUAACACCCCAGAGAUUAUAUUCCGCCAAAUCAUCCUGUUCGCAGAAGCGACGAUUCGUAGCCGAAUUUAGACAGCAUUCAUUUUCGCCCUACUGGUUACUCUAUGACGACACUAUGACCGGUAUGCGAAUGUCGAGACACGUUAAGGGUGUCGAUUAUAGAACGAAGAAAUCUGACGAAUCCACCGAUUCGUUGAAAGAUACGACAGCAGAGGAAAUGUUGAAGAAAACUACCGAUCUCUCUGAAAGCACUGAACCGGAUAAAAAAAUGCUACCCGAAACUGUUCCUUUGGAUUUGGAAUUCCGAGCAGAUGAGAAGCAAUUGACGACUACAGACGCAACGGUUGUUGUAGAGCAAAGCGCAACUCCAGCCGAUCGAUACCGUGCAAACGAAAAAGUUACUACAUCUGAUUCAAACUCUGAACUGGAACACAAAUCUGCAGGUGCUACCUUAUUCAGCGGGACCAAUAACGAUCAAGAUGCAACACUGCAAGGUUCAUCGCUAAAUUCGAACCUGCAGGAAAACAGAAACUGUGUCGAACAAAUUCUGGAUGGAAAUGACCGGCCUACAGUGAUAGAGUCUUUCCAAAAUUAUUCAUCGAAUGGAUAGGUCAUGCGGUUCUCAGCUAUAAUUUUUUUUACAAAUUUUUCCAAGUCAGUCGAAAUACCGAACUGAAGGCGAUAAGAAUUAUUUUUGUUUUUCAUUUUUAUAAAAUAUAUUGUUUCAUACAGUAAAAAAAUACACACACUACAUAUACGCACCUCAAGCGUAUAAAUCUCAAACACUAUACCUUGUAAAGGUAGAAAAUGUUGGUUCUAUAUUGUUAAAGUACAAAGAAAAUUAGUUUAUGUUAUAGUUUUGCAGAUAAGCUCUACACGUAACACAUUUAUACCGAGCUUAUUACUGAACUGUUUUAUUUGAAAUCUUAAAUAUUUCUUCUUCCGAGAUCGAGAAGAACAAGUGUAGCUACCACAACACCUACAUCUUUGCGAGUCAAAGAACAAAAAACAA